UCACAGCCACAGAUAGUUGGACCCGGAUAGAUACACCCGGGCCUAGUCAAGUGCUCCUCACACUCACACAUUGUUCUGCUGUGCCUUGUUCUUCUGUGGGCUGAGAUGACGACAGAAACAAGUGAGGGGGUGGAGACAGAGAAAGAGACAGAGAUUCAGAGCAGUACACUCAAUCUGUGUUAGCAUCUCACUCUGAAGCCGGAAGAUAUUACACAGCCCGAAUAGAAAAUCCAUAUCCCACAAUGCAGUGGUGCCGGUGGGCGGGCAGUUGGAGAUCACACCUGCCAAGACAGUCUGCAGGGCCGGAGGUUGAGGACUCUUUCGACUUUCUUUUUAAAAUCAUCCUGAUUGGGGACUCGGAUGUGGGGAAGACGUGCGUGGUCCAGAGAUUCAAAUCUGGCAUUUUCAUCGAAAAGCAGCAAAACACCAUCGGGGUCGACUUCACUGUCCGUACCCUGGACAUCGAUGGCAAGAGAGUGAAGAUGCAGGUGUGGGACACAGCGGGACAGGAGCGAUUCCGCACCAUAACUCAGAGCUACUACCGAAGUGCCCAUGGGGCGGUGGUGGCCUAUGACAUCACCCGCCGCAACACGUUUGAAUCCAUCCCCCACUGGAUCAGGGAGGUCGAGCAGUACGGAGCUGCCAGCGUAGUCCUGAUACUCAUAGGCAACAAGUCGGACCUCGACGACCAGAGGCAGGUGCUGUUCGAGGAUGCGUGCACUCUGGCAGAAAACAACAACGUCCUUGCUGCUCUGGAAACCUCGGCCAAGGAGGCACAGAACGUGGCUGCGGCCUUCAACCUCAUGGCCCGCGAGCUGCUGGCACGCAACGGCAUGACCAUCGUGGAUGAGGCCUCUCAAGACCAAGCUCAGUUCAUGCUGAGCAACAGCUCCCACCCAGUCCACGGUACAGAGUCUUCGGAUAAAAAGUGUGGGUGCUGAGCGACAGAAGCGGGGAGGUGUCGAUUAAGAAACUAAAAGUGGUGGCAGCCUGAAUGCUCCACGUACAUGUGUGCAUUUGAAAUAUUUUUCUGUAAGGGAAGGGGGGGUUAUUUACAGAACAUUUCUUAAGCGAUACUACAUAUGUUGCAAUGUGGGUGUGAAUAUAGGUUUUGUAUGUGCUUGUUUUUGUAUUUAUAUAGUUUAAAGAAUCUGUUUAACAUGUUUUAAAUGGCAGUUGCUUAUUAAAUGCAUUUGUUUAAUAUUC